GUUGACUGGGGCAACAGCACAGCUCAUAGCUCACAUUGUUUAUACAGGUUUGCCCCACAUAACGAGAAAAAUCUUUGUUUUACCCUUUGCGACUGACAAUUCACUCACAAGGCUAGGUGUACAACAGCAAGAUGUACAAUCAGUGACAUGCAGUAUGCUGGCUUAUUGGACUUGAACAGGUGGAAGACGACUUAAGAGGCUGCUGUCCCAGUCAGACCUUUGGACCCACGGUAGGGGACGAAAUGGGGAACACAGCGACCAAGUUCCGUAAGGCUCUCAUCAAUGGAGAUGAACUGCUGGCUUGCCAACUGUAUGAGAGCAACCCACAGUUCAAGGAGGCUCUUGAUCCCAACUCUACAUAUGGAGAGUCCUAUCAGCACAACACUCCACUGCACUAUGCUGCCCGGCACGCCAUGACACGCCUACUCAGGUCUUUUCUCCUUAGCAAAGAUGGCAAUCCUAACAAGCGCAACGUGCACAAUGAGACAUCUCUGCACCUUCUCUGCAUGGGGCCUCAGAUCCUGACUUCAGAGGGAGCUUUGCAUCCCCGCAUCUCAAGGCCAUAUGAAGACGCACAGCGACGAGGGGAAUGCCUUCAGAUCGUGCUAGCAUGGACAGGAGCUAAGCUGGAUCAUGGAGAGUAUGAGAGGGCUGAUGUCAAUGCGACUGACAACAAGAAAAACACUUGCCUACACUAUGCUGCUGCCUCAGGCAUGAAGACUUGUGUUGAGAUGCUGGUGCAGAGAGAAGCGGACUUGUUUGCGGAGAAUGAAAACCGCGAGACUCCAUGUGACUCUGCAGAGAAGCAGCACCACAAGGAGUUGGCCCUGCGCCUGGAGUCGCAGAUGGUCUUCUCUCUUGCCCCUGAGGCAGAGGGUAUUGAGGCAGAAUAUGCAGCCCUAGAUCGAAGAGAGUUGUACGAGGGCCUGCGGCCACAGGAUCUUCGGAAGCUGAAGGACAUGCUGAUAGUGGAGACAGCUGACAUGCUACAAGCCCCUCUUUUCACUGCAGAAGCACUGCUACGUGCCCAUGAUUGGGACCGAGAGAAGCUCUUAGAGGCCUGGAUGGCCAAUGCGGCGGAGUGCUGCCAACGCUCAGGUGUGCAAAUGCCCAACCCACCCCCAAGUGGUUGCAAUGCUUGGGACACCUUACCUUCUCCCCGGACGCCUAGGACCACCCGCUCCUCCAUCACUUCACCAGACCAAAUCAGCCUCAUGCCUGCUGAUGAGGAGUCUUCUCUGUGUGGUAUCUGCAUGUCUUCCCUCUCCGUCUUUGAAGAACCUGUUGACAUGCCCUGUGGCCACGACUUUUGUAGAUCAUGUUGGGAAGGGUUUCUGAAUUUAAAAAUCCAAGAAGGAGAAGCCCACAACAUUUUCUGCCCAGCCUUUGAUUGCUACCAGCUAGUACCAGUGGAAGUCAUAGAGGGUGUGGUCUCCAGAGAGAUGGACAAGCGCUACCUCCAGUUUGACAUCAAGGCAUUUGUAGAAAACAAUCCGGCAAUCCGAUGGUGUCCAGAGGCGGGAUGCGAAAGAGCGGUACGCCUGAACACCCAGGGCCCUGGAGCCUCCACCUCAGAUCACCUAAGCUUUCCCCUCCUUCGGGCCCCUGCUGUAGAUUGUGGCAAAGGCCACCUCUUCUGCUGGGAGUGUCAAGGUGAAGCCCAUGAGCCCUGUGACUGUGAAACGUGGAAGAUGUGGCUACAGAAAGUCAGUGAGAUGAAGCCUGAGGAAUUGGCUGGUGUGAGCGAAGCUUAUGAGGAUGCAGCCAACUGCUUAUGGUUGCUCACUAACUCCAAACCCUGCGCCAACUGUAAGUCUCCUAUACAGAAAAACGAGGGCUGCAAUCACAUGCAGUGUGCCAAGUGUAAGUACGAUUUCUGCUGGAUCUGUCUGGAGGAAUGGAAAAAGCAUAGCUCAUCUACAGGGGGCUACUAUCGCUGCACUCGCUAUGAGGUCAUCCAGCAGGUGGAGGAGCAGUCAAAGGAGAUGACUGAAGAGGCUGAGAAAAAACACAAGAGCUUUCAGGAGCUCGACCGCUUUAUGCACUACUACACACGCUUCAAGAACCACGAGCACAGCUAUCAGCUAGAGCAGCGUCUGUUAAAAACAGCCAAAGAGAAGAUGGAGCAGCUUAGUCGAGCACUAAGUGGAAGGGAAGGAGGCCCACCUGACACUACAUUCAUUGAAGAUGCAGUCCUAGAACUACUAAAGACUCGCCGCAUCCUCAAGUGCUCUUAUCCUUAUGGGUUCUUUCUGGAGCCCAAAAGCACAAAGAAAGAGAUCUACGAGCUUAUGCAGACGGACUUGGAGAUGGUGACUGAGGACUUGGCACAAAAGGUUAACAGGCCUUACCUGCGAACACCACGCCACAAGAUCAUCCGUGCGGCUUGUCUGGUACAACAGAAGAGGCAAGAGUUUUUGGCCUCAGUAGCCAGGGGAGUGGCCCCUAAUGACUCACCUGAAGCCCCAAGGCGAAGUUUUGCUGGUGGAACGUGGGACUGGGAGUAUUUAGGCUUUGCAUCACCUGAGGAGUACGCAGAGUUCCAGUACAGACGGAGGCAUAGGCAGAGGCGGCGAGGCGACAUGUCCAGUCUCCGUAGCAACACACCUGACCCUGACGACCUCAGCGACAGCACUUUAGACACACAGGAUGCUGGAAGUGGACGCAGACAAGGUCCUAUGAUGGGUCUGGGUUCGCUGGAUGACGAUGACCCCAACAUUCUUCUGGCUAUUCAGCUGUCACUCCAGGACUCAGGGAUGGCCGGGAGUGUGUCCAGUCAUGAAGUACUUGCCAACGAAGCCUCACUCGGCGCUAUUGGCACCUCCCUGCCUUCGAGGCUUGAGCAGAGUGCUCCAGGCAUCGAGGUCCCCCCCAGAGCUUCUCUAAGCAGCUCAGAACUGCUGGAGUUGGGAGAUAACUUGGCGAAACUUGGCAACAUCAGCAGCCAGUACUCUGCUGCCACCGGUGUUGCUAUCCCUGUACAGCACGGUGACAGUCAUCAUCGGGCAUACAGUGCUUCUGUACCCAUACCAGUGGCUCCCGGUGGCAGCAGCUCUUCAACAGGCCUCUUCUCUUCCACCGACACAACAGACUCAACCACAUGUGGCAGCCACGACCCAUCCUCAUCCUCUGCAUUAGCAGCCAAUGCUAACCUGCUGGGCAAUAUCAUGGCUUGGUUUCAUGACAUGAAUCCUCAAGGUAUCACUCUGGUACCCCCAACCUCCUGUGACAGCGACUCAGUCCCGGGUUCACUCCAUACGGGCGAAGGAGAAGACGAUGACAAGGUCGGGGUGGUCGUCUUCCCUGAAAACAGGAAGCCUCAGGAGGUGAUGGCAGAUGUGGGUUUCUGCUCUCAGAGGCUGAGUGAGAUGGAGGAGAAGGAGUGCACUGUCGCUGAGAGACCGACCCAGUUAGAUCUAGUGGGGCUGGACACCAUGCCGCUACCUUACAUGGGAGCCCAUGACGCAAGCGGAGGGCACGCUGAGCGCAGAGGCUCAAAGGUGUGCCACGUUGACACUCCACGAUGUGACUCUGUGUCUGAUCAGCUGCCAAGCACCAGCUCAUCUGAGUGGGAAGAUCAAGUGCACUUGGUAUGAUCUCUCUAACUGAGAUGGCAAAGAGCUUUUAGGGAAGGCCAAAAACCACUACAGAUUGCAAAAUGAAUAAAGAGGAGGAACAUCUGUGCUAGCUAUUCAGGCGGAAUGUAAACAGAGUGGGGAACGUGUCAUACUUGACUGGAAAGUGGGGAAGACAUAGAUUCAGAUUUAAGUGCAACAAGAUGUGUUUACUGUAUUGUCAGCCUUCUGCAAAGAAAGUACUAAAUAGAAGAGAUCACAGUUAGUUACCAGUUUCAAGGGUGACUUAUAAAACGAGUCUUGUACUAAUAAAAAUACAAAUAAGUAGCGUUUUUUUUUUUGUUUUUUGUUUUUUAAAGAUCAGAUUUAGAGACUUAGGAGCUUUAGAAACUUUAGCCUACAUAGUUAUUUUCCACUGGACUAAAAGCCUACUGUAUCAGUCUGGAUCAGGUCUGAUGUAAUUCAACUGUACUUAGUGAGCAGAUUAACAGUUUGCUCCAAUAUUCAAUCGAAACAAAGCCGGCUGAAAUGGUUCUCACUCCUGUCCAAUUCUGCCUACUUCAUGGGUGCCAAACACUGACUAGCAAAAGCACAGUUUGCAGUCACCAAGUGGAUUCUUUAAAGCAAAUUGUGCCUGCUUUUUACAAUCUCAACCACUCAGCUAAACUUUAAUGUGAAAGUGUUGAGCCAUAAUUUUCUUUGAGAUUGCGGCUGAUUGAUACUCUGAAAAUGUCACUGGCUAAAAGCUGUCGUGAGCCGUGUAGAACUGAGGCUUCAGACCCUAAUGGAUUUGUACUUUAUGUGAAAUAUUCACAUUGACAAAAUUUUGAUUAAUUAUUCAACUGAAAAGUAGUUGGCCUCCUCAAAAACAUUUCAAAAUGGACUUGACAAUGGUUAUUACUCCCCCAACACAGGCUGAAUCAAAAAACAACGAAUGCUGACGGGCCCAGAGGGAGUGCUCGGCGUGAUUCAGUUUGCACCUUUGUCACAGCAUGUUCUGAAUUCCAUUGUAGCUUGUCUUAAAUUAAUGUUUUGAGUAUUGCAGCCGAACGUGGAGCGCGACAGACUAAGUAGACAGUGAGAAGUCUGCUUCAUACGCUGCAGGGAAGGCCAGUGAAAUCAGGCAGUCGCAUUCAGACUCUGGUAAAUUAAUUACUCACGCCCAAGUCACUGUAAUUUAUCUCUGGGUCCUGUUUUAAAAGUAAUAAGCAAAGCCUUUCAGAUCUCUGCAGAUUUUCCGGACUGCAGGGUAAUGCAUGGGGAAAAAAUUAAAAAUCAUGAAUGUGUACAGCAUCUCAUCCACAUGGGAAGUCCAUGUCUUUGAAACGGUUCUCUCUCUGGAGUUGAGACACACAGUGCCUUUGUGUAAAUCACCAUGAUUCACUUUUUCCUUUUUUCACACAUUUUUUUCUGAGUGCUAAUUAAAAAAAUGACAGUGUAAACAAAAACAGAAACACCUGUUACCUUAAAGUCGUUUCUCUCACAUUAACGUUGAUAGUGUUCAGACAUGUGCUCAUCAAAAAUGUUUGUAGCAAGAGGCUUUUUUGUUGGCUCUUGUGGUGAUAUGUUAAUAGAUGACACUGACUUUUUUUUAACGAUUUGGUGAAAUACAUUGUAACGAUGAAGUCACACUUUAAAGAAAAAAUCUUAUUCCCAGAUAUUUUGAAGAAAGGUUUUAUUUCUCUGGGUUUGUGCAGUAAGGCUUCUUGCCCUACACUUUGAAGUGGUUCCCGGGGUUUAGCAUCUAAAAAUCACUGCGCUGAUUUCAGAAUAGGUUAACCUACUGUUCUGUAUCGCUUGUGUGUGAGGAAAGUUGCAAUAUAAAGUAGGUAUUUGUUUGAAAUAAAGAUAAUUCAUUUAAAUAAUGGAUUGUGAGUAACCCAUAUGAACUAAAACACACUAGUCAGUGUCUUACCUUUAAGACGUGAUUAUGUUCUUGUACAGACUGAUGUCUGGCUGAAGUAAAUGACCUUUUUUUUUCCUCUCUCUCUGUCCCCUUGCAGAUGUAUAGAGCAACAUUAAGUCUAAAGAUAGUGAUUGCUUUGAUAAGUGUCUUGGAAGUAGUGCAGCUGUGGGUGCCAUAUGGUUAAUGGAACUAACUUUGUCGGACUUGGUUAAUGGAAGUGUGUUUAUCAGAGGAGAUAACAUGCGUUGCCCUUUUUCUUUAGUAGUAUGCUGUGCAUGUAACGGGCACACUUUAUACUGUCACCUCAUAUGUUCAGGUGAUUUAUUAAAAAAAUAAAAAAAAAGGUAUAUAACAUUUUGUAACUCAUUGAGAUUUUCUAUUGUAAAGCAACUAAUCCUUGAAAUGCUAUUUGCACUUUCAUAGUUUAUACUUGAUACAUUCCCUCUUUAUAUGAAAAGUGUUUGGUGUG